UCUCUCUCUCAAGUUCAAUCAAUCUUUUUUAUAACAAAUCAUGGUUUGGUAUUUAGAUGUUGAACCCGCCUCAUAUGUCUCCUUCGACCUAGUCCGCAGCGAGGACCAACACAACAACAAGAACUUUGUGUUCGAUUUCGAAUUGGUUUACAGACUAGUCCCUGAACCAGAUUCAGAUUCGGAUCCAGACGAAUAUCUCGAUGUCAGCGAUCGGGAAACUCGAAUCAUUCAUCAAACUUACGAGUUCGAUAGAGCCUGGCUCAUCGGUGGCGACAGGGAUCAGAUACAAGCCACAAUCUUUCAGAUUCUCGAGAUGAUCCAAGUCCCUUCUUACAGGGAUAUCGUUCAUACAUUAACUCUUGAUUUCUUGGAUCUGAAGAAACGCGAGGCCAUGACUGAUUCACCUAAGGUUGACAGGGUAAGAGUGGAGAUUGAUGUUGUCGUCUAUAGGUUCCCCGGUAAUGAUGACGACGACGUGGAGGUGAAAUUUUCGGUGGCUCCGGCAAGUGAUGAUGCCGUGGAGAAACACUUUGAAACGGUGGUUGUUGGGAAUGAUGAUGAAGGCGACUGUAUGAUUUGUAUGGAUACCAUCCGGGGCGGGUCGGGUGUGGCGGCUGGUCGAAUGCCGUGUUCGCACGUGUUUCAUCGGAAGUGUGGAGAGGAGUGGCUUAGGAGCAGUGGGAUUUGUCCGGUUUGUCGCGCCGUCUUCCCGCCGCUUUAG